AAACUUCCAUAAAAUUCUCUUUUCAUCCCAAUCUUCUCCCAAGAAACCCCACCCACCCCACCCCCUUUAACCCCCUCUCAUAAUUUUUCCAAUUUUUUUCCUUAUUUAACAUCGUUGCUUAUCUACUUUUUUUCAAGAAGAGUCUUGAUUUGCUCAAAACUUUUUCCUUUAUAUCAUCCCUUUUUCUUCACGUAUCUUCUACAACUAAAAGAAAGAACCCAUUUUUUCUCAUUUUCCAUAAAAAUUGGUUCUUGAAAGGAUAAAGAUUGAAUCUUUUUUGUGUUUUAUGAAAUGGGUGUUCAGUGUCAAGAAAAUAUUUUGGUUACUGGAGGAGCUGGUUUCAUUGGAACACACACUGUGGUGCAGUUACUGAAUGAAGGAUUCAAAGUUACCAUCAUUGAUAACUUUCAUAAUUCUGUGGAAGAAGCUGUUGAUAGAGUCAGAGAAUUAGUUGGUCCUCAACUUUCACAGAAUCUUGAAUUCCAUUUGGGUGAUAUUAGAAACAAAGAUGACUUGGAGAAGCUAUUUUCUAAGAAAGAGUUUGCUGCUGUGGUCCAUUUUGCUGGACUUAAGGCUGUUGGAGAGAGUGUUGUUCAGCCCUUUCUUUACUUUGAGAACAAUCUGAUUGGAUCAAUAACUUUGUAUUCAGUCAUGGCCAAGUAUAAUUGUAAGAAGUUGGUUUUUUCAUCAUCUGCGACAGUUUAUGGUCAGCCUGAAAAGGUUCCCUGUGUGGAGGAUUUUGAAUUGAAGGCUAUGAAUCCUUAUGGUCGAACAAAGCUAUUUCUUGAAGAUAUUGCUCGGGAUAUCCAGAAGGCAGAUCAAGAAUGGAAUAUCAUACUGUUGAGGUAUUUCAACCCAGUAGGAGCUCAUGAAAGUGGCAAACUCGGGGAAGAUCCAAAGGGCAUUCCCAACAAUCUUAUGCCUUACAUUCAGCAAGUCGCUGUUGGUAGAUUGCCAGAGUUGAAUGUAUAUGGCAACGACUACCCUACACCUGAUGGUACCGCGAUACGAGAUUAUAUCCAUGUUAUGGAUUUAGCGGACGGUCAUGUUGUUGCACUUCAGAGACUUCUAAGGCAGAAUCAUAUAGGUUGUGUUGCCUACAAUUUGGGUACUGGAAAAGGCAAAUCUGUCCUAGAGAUGGUUGCUGCCUUUGAAAGAGCGUCUGGAAAGAAAAUCCCGCUUAAAAUGUGUCCAAGAAGACCAGGAGAUGCCACUGCUGUUUAUGCAUCUACUGAAAAAGCUGAGAAGGAGCUCGGUUGGAAGGCAAAAUAUGGUAUAAAUGAGAUGUGCAGGGACCAGUGGAAAUGGGCAAGCCAAAAUCCCUGGGGUUACCAAUCAAAGCCUUGAUGUGUUAAAAUAAUAAUACAAGUAGCACUUGGAGGACAAAACUGUAGUCAACAUCCUAGUACUUUACAUUUUAUGCAAACAUAGAUGUAUCCAAGGACAAAAGUGUUCAUCAAUAAUAGUUGUUGAUGGUUAUGUGCUACUAAAUCCUGUUGUUGUUUUCCCUUAAUGGUUUAUGGGAACUUGAAUGUUCCUCCUAUUAUGAUCCCUUCAACCAAAUUUCUUUACUGAUUGUAAUUCAUUCAAAAAGAGUAAAUGAUCUA